GGGAAAAGCAGAUCUGACUCACGGUUCGCGCACAUUUUGUGUAUUGUCAACGUCCUCUUCUCCUUCAUUAUCCUCCUCUUCAAAACAACCAAUCGGCCUCAUAGUACACGGAGCAAGCAUGGCGGAAGCACAAGAUAUCCCAACCAGACUUGCGAAACCGGUCUCCCACAGCGUAUCGACUUCGCCCAGUGCGGCAUUCCAUUCCCCCUCGAGCAGCUUUGGCGGGGCAAACCUGGCAAGAAGUGCUACUUUGUCCAACCAGAGAGAGCUGAAGCCCUUUGACACGACGGAUAUCAAGAUUCUGCUACUCGAAAAUGUCAACCAGAGUGGUCGCGACAUCCUAUCUGGCCAAGGCUAUCAAGUGGAAGCUUUGAAGACCUCUCUGCCAGAGGAUGAAUUGAUUGAGAAGAUUCGCAAUGUCCACGUUAUCGGGAUCAGAUCAAAGACCAAGCUCAGUGAGAAGGUCCUCCGCGAGGCCAAGAACUUGAUCGUAAUCGGGUGUUUCUGUAUCGGAACCAACCAGGUUGAUCUCGAAUAUGCAGCAAAACAUGGAAUUGCUGUCUUCAACUCGCCAUUCGCAAACUCCCGAAGUGUCGCAGAGCUUGUCAUCGCAGAGAUCAUUAUGCUUGCCCGCCAACUGGGCGACCGCUCAAUGGAAUUGCAUAAUGGAACCUGGAACAAAGUCAGCGCGAAAUGCUGGGAGAUUCGAGGCAAAACUCUCGGUAUCAUCGGCUACGGUCAUAUCGGUUCACAAUUGUCUGUCCUCGCAGAGGCAAUGGGCAUGUCAGUAAUCUACUACGAUGUUGUCAACCUGAUGGCUAUGGGAACAGCGAAGCAGGUCCCUACUCUUGAAGCACUACUUAGCAACUCGGACUUCGUAACAUGUCAUGUCCCUGAGCUUCCCGAAACGAAGAACAUGAUCGGGCGAGUUCAAUUUGAACAAAUGAAGGAAGGAAGCUAUCUGAUCAAUGCCAGUCGAGGCAGUGUGAUCGACAUCCCCGCUCUUAUCAAUGCUUCCCGUAGCGGUAAGAUUGCUGGGGCGGCCUUGGAUGUCUACCCAAGUGAACCGGCUGGUAACGGUGACUACUUCACGAAUAGUCUGAAUCCAUGGGCAGAGGAUCUCCGCAGCCUCAAGAAUGUCAUCCUCUCACCCCACAUUGGUGGUAGCACAGAAGAGGCCCAGCGUGCUAUUGGUGUCGAAGGCAAGUUUUCUGCAAUUAAUGUCGGUGAGGCCUUGGUCCGAUACGUCAACUCUGGCGUGACUCUUGGUGCUGUGAACCUACCAGAAGUUAACCUUCGUUCUUUGACACUGGAUGAGCGUGACCAUGCUAGGGUCAUCUACAUCCAUCGCAACGUUCCCGGUGUGCUCAGAAGAGUCAAUGAGAUCCUGGGCAACCACAAUGUUGACAAGCAAAUCACUGAUAACAAAGGAGAUGUGGCCUACCUAAUGGCUGAUAUCAGCAACGUGCAGAGGACAGAAGUCAAGGAGAUUUUUGAUAGCCUGGAAGCAUUGAGCUCACGUAUCUUGACCCGUGUACUCUAUUAAAUAGAGCGGAAUUGAGGGGGGGGAAAUGUUUUGCAUUCAACAGGAGCCUAAGGCGUCAUUCGGAUUGCUCGGUUUUUUUCAACACCAUAGAGCAUAGAGAGAACGAAGGGAAGGGCAUUUCUGGAGGCGGUCAAUAGAAAGAAACUCAUCUCUUGGAUAAGCAUGCGCAGGUAGCUGGUAUCUACGGUGGAGGUACGCGCCGUUUCGCAUCUGGUACCUGCGUAGAGAAAAGAAAUCAAACAAGGUACCAAAAAGAAAAAAAGAGGAAAACACUGUAG